AUGUCGACCACCCACCUUGUUGUGCUCCUCGGCAUCCUCCUGCUGGCCGGCGCAUCGAGCUCGCAGCCCACCUCCGGCGACCAAGCCACCCUCCUAGCUAUCAAGACCCAGUGGGGAAACCCCACGCAGCUUGCGUCGUGGGACCCUAUCUCCAACGCCGACCACUGUGACUGGACCGGCGUGGUCUGCGGUGGCGACGACGGACGUGCGGUGAUAGGGAUAUCAUUGCCGAAUCUAAACAUCACUGGCAAGGUGCCAGAGUCAGUGUGCGACCUACCGAGCCUCGCCCACCUCGACCUCUCCUACAACAAUCUUACCGGCUGCUUCCCCGGCGUCCCGCUCUACGCCUGCUCCCACCUCCGCUUCCUCGACCUCUCCAACAACUACUUCCAUGGAGUCCUUCCGGAUGACAUCAGCCGACUGUCGCCGGCGACGGAGCACCUCAACCUGUCGAGCAAUCACUUCCGAGGCAUGGUGCCGACUGCCAUGGCCGGGCUAUCAGCGCUGAGGUCACUGGUUCUUGACACUAACCAGUUCACAGGGGCGUACCCAGCUGCUGAGAUAAGCAAGCUCGCAGGGCUCGAGCAGCUCACGCUUGCCUCGAACCCGUUCACGCCGGCGCCAGCGCCACUAGAGUUUGCCAAGCUGACCAACUUGACCUACCUCUGGAUGUCUGACAUGAACAUGACCGGCGAGAUCCCGAAGGCUUAUUCGAGCCUCGUGAACCUCCAACUGAUCGCUAUGACAGCUAACAAGCUCGCCGGCCAGAUCCCGGCGUGGAUAUGGCAGCACCCAAAACUCGAGUUCUUGUACCUGUUCAACAAUGUACUCACCGGUAAACUGCCGCACAAAAUCACGUCAGUGAAUUUGAUAGAGAUUGAUGUGUCGUCGAACAAUCUUACUGGAGAAAUACCGGAAGACUCUGGUAACCUCAAGAACCUGAGAAUAUUGUUCAUGUACGCCAACCAGCUCACCGGCACCAUUCCACCAAGCAUAGCGAUGCUCCCCAAUCUCACGGACAUCAGGCUAUUUUUAAACAAUCUCUCCGGCGAGAUCCCGCGGGAGCUCGGGAAGCACUCGCCGCUAGGCAACCUCGAGGUCUGCAACAACAACCUCUCGGGCCAGCUCCCGGAUUCACUUUGCUCCAACAGGAAGCUCUAUGACCUCGUCGUCUUCGACAACAGCUUCUCGGGCGAGCUCCCGCAGAACCUCGGCAACUGUGUCCUCCUGAACAACAUCAUGCUCUACAACAACCGCUUCUCCGGCGAGUUCUCGACGAAGAUAUGGUCAUUACCCAAGUUGACCACUGUGAUGAUACAGAACAAUGGUUUCACGGGGACUCUACCAGCCAAGAUAGGUGAGAACAUCUCACGGAUUGAGAUGGGGAACAACAAGUUCUCCGGGUCCUUGCCAACAUCGGCAAUAGGGCUGGCCGUGUUCAAGGCGGAGAACAUCCUGAUCUCCGGCGAGCUACCGGCGGAUAUGUGCGGGUUUCCCAGCCUUGAACAGUUGUCGGUGUCCGGCAACCAACUAACUGGUUCCAUACCAAUAUCAAUCAUUUUGUUGCAGAGGCUCAAUAAUCUCAGCCUGAGCGACAACAAGUUGUCCGGUGCAAUUCCAUUUGGCAGCCUCACGUCGCUUCCAUCCCUGACGAUCAUUGAUUUGUCCAGGAAUAGAUUUACUGGUGGCAUACCAGCAUCAAUCAUUUCGUUGCAGAGGCUCAGUAAUCUCUACCUGAGCAACAACAAGUUGUCCGGCACAAUUCCAUUUGACAGCCUCGCGAUGCUUCCAUCGCUGACGCACCUUGAUUUGUCCAACAAUGAAUUCACCGGUGGCUUAUCUUCGGAAUAA